GAUCUGCUUCAGAUCAGACAUAUUCUGAGGAUGUCUGGUGUGAACGGCUCUCUUGUGGUCAUUCCACAGCAUCUCUAUUGGGUUAAGGUCUGGGCUCUGACUGGGCGACUCCAAAAGGGAGCUCCGCAGACUCGUGCCUCCAGUUUUGACAAGACCUCAAACGCACAGACAGCAACUCUUGAGCGGAGCGCAGUGAUGAAGCCCAUGUCAGUUCCCGUAAGCUCCAGGUGGAUGCUGCUGCUGCUGAGCGCGUAUCUGAUGCUGAUGGUGAGCGCGGAUUGUGGCACGGACUGCGCGCACUGCUCGGUGCAUCUGCCCCUUCAACAGAUCCAUAUAAACUCCAUCGAAUGCGUGUUGCAGUGCGAGGAACAUCUGAACGUAGGCAGCUAUUGGAGUUUGUGCAAACGCUUCAUGCAGAAUGAUGAUAACGUACCUGAUGGCAAUCAAGCGACCACAGAAGCCGAACCCUUGGACACCCAGCAGCACCAAGUAGACAAAAAAUAUGGUGGCUUCAUGAAGCGUUAUGGGGGUUUCAUGAAGCGUUAUGGAGGUUUCAUGAAGCGUUAUGGAGGUUUCAUGAAGAGGACAGCAGAGCUCUACGGGCUGGAGCCAGAAUAUGUUGACCAGGGCGGAGCAAUCCUGACCAAUCAUGACGUUGACAUGCUGGCCAAUCAAGUUGAUGCUGACGGCGAAGGGGAGGAGGUGGCUUUGAGAGACGUUCUUGAUUCAAAGGGAGGAGCAGAGGGCGUAAAGGGUGUGGCCAAACGUUACGGGGGCUUUAUGAAAAGGGCAGGGCUGUAUGACUCCGAGAGCGAGGUUGGGCCACUACAGAAACGUUACGGCGGUUUCAUGAGGAGGGUAGGACGACCGGAGUGGUGGCAAGAGGCCAAACGCUACGGAGGCUUCCUGAAACGCUCGCCUGAGGAAGAUGAUGAUGAAGAUUCGUUAGAGAUAGAAAAGAGAUAUGGUGGAUUCAUGGGAUAUUGAGCUGGUCCUGUCCGAUGUGCACUUGUCCACUUCCUCUCUGGCCCCUUAGACAACACCUGUGAGAAAACAGAGACAGAAAACAACAUUGCUUAAUGCGCUCAUAAUGUGUUUAAAAAGUGUUCGGUAUGUCUUUAUAGUGGUAAUGUGAUUUAUUGUGAACAAGACUUCCUCAAAGACCAAUGAUAUCGUCGUUCUGUUCCAAAACGUAGCAAGCUGGCUCCGUAAGAAGUAUUUUCAGGUGCCAUUGCGUCACUCACAACACAAAGAGCGUACAGUGUAGGUAGUGUAAUUAUGCAGCCUUCUAAGAUACCUUUGGCCAGCCAAGUUCUAAGGCAGCUUGCAUUUAUCCUAUCCCAAUAUAUGUUUGGAUUAUAUAUACAUACACAUAUAUAUAUAUAUAUAUAUACAGUGAGGAAAAUAAGUAU